AUGACGGAAAUGGUAGUGCAGACAAGGCCAAACUCACUUGUAGUUCAGUCAAGUUCCACCUAUGUGGAUGAGGCAGAGCUGAGUGCAGAAACUGCUUUGGAGUUGGCAGGGCAAGUGUGUGGCUGGUCACAGGAAUUCCUAGCUGGUGGCUUUCCCCCUUCGGUUUUAGAAUCCUACAUGGCUGCUGAUGGGAAUGCUCUUGUUCCCUUGCGUCAGAAGACCAAACAGAAAAGUCAAGGGAUUGUUGUUAUGAGUCGACGGAGGAUAUCGUGCAAGGACCUGGGACUAGUUGAUUACCAGGGGUGGCUCUACAAGAAAAAGGAAAAAGGACCUUUCAUUGGUAACAAAUGGAAAAAGUUCUGGUUCGUGCUGAAGGGGUCAUCGUUAUACUGGUACAGCAACCAAUUGGCAGAGAAAGCUGAAGGAUUCAUCAACCUGCCAGACUUUACUGUGGACCGAGCAAGUGAAUGCAAGAAAAAGUAUGCUAUUAAGGUCAACCACCCACAGAUCAAGACAUUUUAUUUUGCAGCAGAGAAUGUGGAGGAAAUGAAUAGGUGGCUAAAUAAACUGGGGCUAGCUGUAAUUCCUCAGGCAUCCAAUGGAAAGAAUGAAGAAGAAUGCUAUAGUGAGAGUGAACAUGAAGAUCCAGAAAUAGCAGGAGAGACUCCUCCCCCUCCCUACACAGAACAGCCGCCUCCUCAUUUGGCUCAACAGCAGUCCUUAUUGAUGUCGCCGCUAUCAAGUGAAGCAUCCUGUUCUCUCUCCUCCUUGGAAAGCACCAUGAAGUCACAAGAUUCCUCAUCUUCCUUGCUAGCCAAAAUGGCUCAUCCAGAGAGACAGUCUUGGCUUGACAUAGUUAACACGGAAGAGGUUGAUCAACCUUUAUCCUUCUGUGUCCAGAUUCAUGCUGAUGAUCAUCCAAUGGCAGACUGUAGUGAAAUGGCAGAAAGUCGGCUUCUCAAAUCUGAUAAUGGAUCUCAGAACUCUUUGUUAAGUGAAAACACAACUUCAUCAGACAGCAGCAGGGAUCACCUAACUGUGCCAGAAGAUUUGAUAGGAACGAAGACACUGUCCAAAGAACAGGCAAAAUGCUCCGAAGAUGAAAUGGAGCGACUUUACAAGUCAUUAGAACAAGCAAGUUUGUCUCCUAUUGGGGACCGUCGACCUUCAACCAAAAAAGAGCUCAGAAAGUCCUUCGCCAAACGGAGCAAAAACCCCUCCAUGAAUGAGAAACUCCACCAAAUCCGAAUGCUGAAUAGCACUUUAAAGUGUAAAGAGCAUGACCUGGCCAUGAUUAACCAAUUGCUGGAGGAUCCUGAGUUGACAGCAAGGAAGUAUAGAGAAUGGAAGAAUAUAAACACAAUGUUGAUCCAGGAGAUCUAUCAGCAGCAGGAUGCCCUGGCUGUGCUGGAAGGGAAUAGCAAGGAGCCAUAGAUGAAUCUACCACUUUUCUUUAACUGAAAACGCUAUCUGAGGACAGUGGAACCUGCAGUACAUGACAGGAUUCCUCCCUGUCCCUCUUUACCUACAGAUGCUUUAAGCUACUACAGUUUCAGGUUUUGUUUUUUCCAAGUGCUUAUCUCUUCCCUUUUAAAAGGAAAACAACCCAUUCACCAAAGCAUU